UCACUUGAACCCAGGAGGCAGAGGUUUCAGUGAGCUGAGAUUGUACCACUGCACCCCAGCCUGGGUGACAGAGCGAGACUCUGUCUCAAAAAAAAAAAAUCAAAUUCUAUUUGUGAGAAAGGAAUCGUGGUGUAUUGGCUCUGACACCUGCCUUAUACCUUUGCAUCUGGAUGUUCUUUUUGCUCUUGGCUUCACUGUGGGUGUCUGAUAAAUUGUACAGACAAAAUUAAGUUUACAAACUGUCUGAAACUUUGUGUUUCUUCCCCUGAGGAAUUCCCCUGAGGAAUACCAACUCUUCAUAUGCAGGGAAGUGGAAGUACAGAAAUUCAAUUAUCCCUCUUCUCUCAGCCGAUGAACAGUUAGAGGCUGGAAACGCAGGUUCAAUUGAAAGUUAGAAGCUGCUGCCCUGGAAAUGUACACACUAUCGCUGAGCGGGGACCUUUUCAUGCAGCACAUUGACAGUUCACUGUGUGGACACGUGCACACACACCCACACACACAGGGGCGCGUACACACACACACACACAAUUGAUUUCCUCUCUAAAGUGGCAAGAAGAAGCUGCCUGGCUGCAAGCCCUGCUGGCAUGGGUCAUGCCAUCUACAAAACUGUUCGCUUGCUCCCCACUUUUGCUCGAAAACCUUUCACAGACUGCAGAUUCAAGGGAAAGCCAUGCCAGCCACCCCGCUAUCUGCUGGGAGACCCUGAGGUGGGCUCUUCUCUUUGCCGUCAGUAGGAAGAGGGUCUCCUCCCUCCCACCUGUGUCAUCCUGGGGGAAGAGCUGUCUCUGGAAUGGAAACACCGGGUAGAAGGGUGCAGAGGAGAGAUUGCAUCCCCACUUUAGUGCUUGACGAACUCCUUUUUCCCCGACCCACACAGCCCUCUGAUAUCAUGGUACAUUUUCCUGGCAUCCUUCCUCAGCUGCAAAUCCAUCCUAGACCAUAGCAGGGGAGGCUAUUUUUACCUGGGUCAGGUCAUAUCUUCUCCUUUGUUCCUGUUUCUGAAGGUCAGGAAUGCCUUCCCCUCGGGAGCCAGGCUCUCAGACAAAGGCUCUCCAACCCUGAAGCUCUUUCUGCCUCCCAGAACCGUGGAGCAUUGGUGCUGCGGUCACUGCAUGCAGGCAUAUAAUUUUCCCUCAGUAGUGCGUCACUGCAGGCAAGCGAAGACUUCUACCAGGCAUCGUGGAACGGUUCCUGCUCACCGGUGUUAGGGGCCACAGGUAGCGGAGACAAAAAUUAGGGUAUGAAAGGCCCGAAUUGUGUAUUUGCUGGGAAACUGGGUGGUCCCUGUUCUUCCAUGUCAUGGAUUCCUGGUGCAAGCCCUAUGCCCCUGUCCAACACCCCCAGCUCCCUCCCUCCCUUAAAGAGAGUAUUCAGGAUGCCCAGCUAGGGAGGAACCACCUCCUUUCCCAAGAAUUUGGGCUCCUUCGGCCUUCUGUGCUGUGCCCUGACCUGUUCGUGUCUCCACCAGACAUCAGCCCUAAACACAGCUCACACUUCAGGAAAAAAUGUGUGUGCACCCACGUGCCACAACGCCUGUCUCUCCAUUCCCCAGGGCUAAGCCCCAAAGAGUAAGAGACAAACGUGGGGUGGAGGAAGGCGUCUGUGUGCAUCGCCCCUUUAUCACAGGACUGUGAGUCUCACACCAAGGCGUCUGCCUCACCCCUUCAUCACAGAACCCAGUCUCCCCCUUCCCCUUAUGUAAGCUGUGACUCUGGGCAAGGGUGUGUGCUUUUUUCCCGCCUGGGCCCAUCCUGCUUGGUGUCAGCAAUGAGUUAGUUCCAACUUGAAACCCCCUUCCCUGUACAAGAGACAGAGAGAGAGAGAGAGAGAGAGGGAGAGAGAAGGGGCAACUUCUCUCCAUGAGCACCUUCAUUCUUUGAUGAGAAUAUCGCAGCUCACCCAUACCGGGUUGCAGGGUGAGAGUGAGGGAAAGAGGAAAGAAAGGGGACUCCCAAAGAAGGGGUGAGAUGCAAGACCUGGACGAGAGAGACAUCCACCGCUGCGCUGGAGAGAGGGGGCCGGCAAAAUCAGAGAGGUGGGAGAGGUGAUGGAAAGGCGCGCAGUGGGGGACGCCUGCUCUCCCCCCACCCUCCCCAUCUGCAAAGGGAGGCCCCCCGCCCAGUGCCGCAGCCUCUCCCCGCGCGCUCGCCCCCGCGCCUCCCUCCCGCGCCCCCGCGCCCCCCGCCGCCAGUGGACGGCUGCGCGCUGCUGCCCGCGGGGCUGGCGUUUCCACCUGUCACCGCGCCGCCUCCGCCCCAAGUUUUCGGGGGACUUGCCCGGCGCGCCGCCUUCCUCCGGCUCUCCCCCAUGGCCGCCGCCCCCUCCUCCCGGCCACCCCCCGGGCCCCCCGGGUCCCCCGCCCAGCCCAGCGGCCACCGGGCCCGGUGAGCGCCAGCAGCUGGGGGGACCCGGGCGGUGGGAGCCCCGCGCGCAGCCGCCUGCAUCCGAGCGCGCCGGCCUCCGAGCAGCCACCACUGCCACCACCGCCGCCGCCGAGCAGCCACCCAGGCAGCGUCCGUCCCGGGCACGGAGCAUUGCGGAUGCGGCGCGGGGCUGGCGCGGGGCUCCGGGCGCGCUCGGGGGUCGUGAGCGCCGCGCCCCGCGCCCCCGCGCGCCCCCCGCCCUCCCGCGCGCCCCGCUGGGGCCAUGCAGUCUCUCAUCUCGCCGGUGACCAAGGCGAUCCUGGUGGCCCUCUUCAUCUUCGCCAUCCUCCUCAUCCUCUACGUGAUCCUCUGGUACAUCUGCCGCGAUGUGGACUGUGACCACGGCAUCUGAGCGCCGCGGACCCCCGGGGUCGCCACGCGGGGGGCGCCCCCAGCGCCAGGGCCAUGGGGACUGAGCCGUCCCGCGGUGCCCCCCAGCUCGACGCCCGCGCCCCCUACUCCGGGCCCCACCGCGCGCCCUGCACCUCCACCGCCUCCUGGCCUUGACCUUCAGGGACGCACCGGGGAGAGCGGGGCCCUUAAAGUGAUGGAGUGGCUGUGGAGUCUUCAGUUUGCCUGCAUGCCAGGUGCAAGCCAGGGAGGUGUAAGAGCAUCCCCCUCAUAAGCUACCAAUAGGCCAGGACUCCAGUGUGGAGGGAUGGAUCUCUGAAGGUCACUGCUUGGCCCUUCUCUGAAGACCGUCCACCAGCAUGUCAGCCCAGCUGCACUGCAGGAGUGAAGGGUGAGAUGACUGUCAAUAAGGAUAAAGGCCAUCUUCCCCGCCCGUCACUCAUUCUGCCAAGCCAUCACUGGGCAACCAGGACUCAUGGGCAGUGUCACCUCUGGGGCCAUGCUGGCAUCUGUAACCUCCAUUCCAUCCUUGUGGUCCCAUCCAGCCAUCUCUGCCCCCUUGCCUGGCCCAUUCUGUUGUGAAGUUUUCGUCUGCCUUGCUCUUGUGCAGAGUCGGAAUUCACAGGGGUUCCCAUGCCCAAGGGAAGCCCAGUGGAACUAUUUACUCUUAUUACUGGCUAGAGACGUCCAGAGGACAAAUCAGCUUCAGAUUAUACUGUCGUUAGAGUAGGUGCAACUGGGGGGCCUUGCUCUACUUAACUCUCCAAUGCAAUCCAUGCUGCCAGCUUCAUACAGACUCCAUCCAGUGCAAGUGGCUUCCUUCUGUGUGCAGAGCAAAUGCUCCAGGGAAGAGACACAAAGGAUUCCCCAUCAUCAUUGUUGCCAAGUGACCCCAAAUAUUCCUAUCCUGUCUGUUGUAAAAAGGAAAAAUCAUGUCUUGGAAGAACAGCAUCGCCCUACAGAUACAGACUAGACACUUUGCACAUGAAACAAGAGUCCCAAAAAUUUCUAGAAGCAAAUCUCGCAUUCGUGACCACCAGACCUACGGGAUGUGUAAGGCACAUUCUCAAUCUUAUCACUUGUGAGAGUUGCAUUGCCUAGUCCAGCAGCCGCGAAGGACUCUCUGCUGUUUUUCCUCUGCUUCAUUUAACACAUGAGAGUGAAGAGAUGAAGAUCGAGGCGGGCCCUGCACCAGGGGACAUGUAUAUCUCUCUGAAUGUCCUUGACAGACAGCAGCAGCCCAGCGAUGCCCAGCCCCCAUCCUGUCUGUAUGCACCCUGGUGAGCAUUUUCUACAGUCUCCUAAACGCUCCCAUUAUUCUGUUUUGCAGGUGUGAUAUGUGGCACCUCAGUGUUGUCAUAGCUUCUGCCUCCUCCAUGUGGAGAGAGGGCAUAAAGACAGAGCUGAGAUAUUAUGGCUAUUCCAGAAAAUAAAAUAUUUUUUGAAACCA